AUGGCCCGAUUGGAGAUUCUAAAACACCAAGAAAAAUUCAACUGCACAAUCAGCAGCGGCGAUUCGAAGAACGUGCCCUUGGGAAGCGUUUUCAGGACGCCAAACUACGAGUUCGAGGCGUUUCGUCUGUACUCGCUGGUGAAAAAGAGCGACUGGCAGUUUGUCAAGCCGUUUGACCUGGCGAGGAGCGGAUUUUACUUCACGGGCGAGGAGGACAAAGUGAGGUGCGUCUUUUGCAUGCUGGAAGUCAGGGGCUGGGAGGAAGGAGACACGCCGCACGGGGAACACCUCCGUUGGAACCCCAAUUGCCCAUUUCUGCGCGACAGCCGAAGCGUCGCUAAUGUCCAAAUCGGAGAGGAACUCGUUCAUCAGGGGCAAAUCCGUGAGAAUCCAUUCACCGAGGCGAACGGAAUUGAAAAAUACGGACCAAACCUUCACUUCCUGAAGACCAGCAACCUGCUUUUCCUGGACCUGAGCAUCAGGAGUUGGUGCGCACCCGUGAACCCUGGUUUCGCAACCCUGAAGAGCCGUAUGGACUCGUUCCGGGAGUUUUGGCCGCCGAGUCUCGGGCAGAAAACGGAGGAAAUGGCCCGCGCCGGAUUUUUCUACACCGGAAGAGGCGACCGCGCCAUCUGCUUCCACUGCAACCUGGGCCUCAAGGACUGGCACCUGGGCGACGACCCUUUCGACCAGCACGCCCGCUGGAGACCGACCUGCCAGUUCCUGCCCAUGUGCUCUGCACCUGUGGAAAACGCGGGAGCAGGAAAAAGCGGCGAUCUUCUCCGGUGUCUAAAUUGCAGGAAUGCGUCGGUCUCCAAGGUGAACCUGCCCUGCGGACACCUGACCCUCUGCAGCACCUGCACCCAACCUUCUUGCAAAGCGUGCGGAAGGGAAAUCGUCGCGGAAAUUCAGUUGCAAGGAUUUGCUGAAUGUUAG